AUGACGAAUCCCCAGAAACCCAAUGCGUACGCGGGCAACGUGGUCAGCGACAAAACGAAUAUGGGAGAACCCCUCACCCCGCAGCACCUCGAGUUUAACGCCAAGCACAAGGGUACCCUGAAAUGGGUAGCGCCCGGCGUCCUUCUCGUGCAUCUUAACGACGGCGACGCUCUCCUGACGGCACAUCAGUUCCGGCAGUGCUUACUGUGGAACGAAGCGGUCAACAACCCGGAUUUCGACGGCACGGUGUACGGCCGAGGACCGAUUGGUAUCGCGGAGCUCGGAGCGGCGUGCAACCGGUACGACAACAAAAGUUGGUCGUUCGCGUCGGUGGAUGAGAGCGGGGGGAUUGUGUUUGCCGAACAGUACGUUCCCACGGUUCACGAUGGCCUGUGCUCGGACGACAUUAUGGCUGGCCGUGACGCCCCGGGUAUGAUCACCAUCACCGUUGCCGAGUAUGAGGAAGGCCGUGAGGCCAUUAUUGGACGAGAUCGCGCCAUCCGGAAGGCGAGAGAGCGACGUCUCGCUGAGAGGGACAUACCCGCAUCCACGGAGGAUUACGCGACCGGAGUCAACGGCGGAGCGAUGAUUGCCAAGCGUCGCCAGCGUAUCGAGGAGGCGAGAGCGAAUCGGUUGGCCGCGGGGGGCGCUGUGUCGCACAUUGUGGAGAUCAAGUGCAGUCUGAACACUGAGACGGCUGCGCGGGCGAACCAACGCGCGGAAGAGGAUAUAAUCAAGCUUGGUGGGAAUCCCAAGACCGGCAAGACAACGGAACUCAAAGUCGAGUACGCGGGGGCGGCGAAGAUCGUACUGCUCCUCAUCGUGGACGAUGUGAUACCUGCCACGAUCCCGUGGGACACAAUUCAGGACGAGAACCGUCUUCGACUUUUCCAGCCUUCUGAAGAUACUAUUCGCUAUAGCUUGUCUCCUAGCAAUACACAUCUUGAACAUUUCAUCCUCUACAUCUUCAAUACAAUCCUCCCCGCGACCGUUUGCGCGGAGAGUUCUGAGAGACAGCUGAGCGAUGAAAGA